AUGACUAGGAGUGGGAAGAUUUUAGAUGAUGGUGCUAAGUUCGUUGAUGCUCCCUGUUCUAGGGGAGAAGGAUCUAAGGGAAAUGAGUCUGCGGACUGUGAUGUGGGGAAAGAGAAGUCUCACGUUGAUGACGUGAGCGAUGGUGUAAAGCCAACGGAGGCUACUCUUCUACCUCUCCCUACUCCUCCUCUUUCCUAUCCUCAAAAGAUUGUUGGAAAGAAAUUGGAUGACCAAUUCUCCAAGUUUCUUGACACUAUUAGUAAGCUUUAUGUGUCAUUGUUUUUCACCGAGGCGCUUAAGCAAAUGCCACAUUAUUCUCGGUUCAUGAGAAACAUUUUGUGUGUCAAAAGAACUUGUGGCUCCAAGGAAACCGUGCAUCUCACGAAGAAUUAUAGUGCCUUGAUCUUGAGCCCGCUUCCCCCAAAGCUCAAGGAUCCCGGAAGUUUCUCGAUUCCUUGUAGCAUACAAAAGCUGAAAUUUGAUAACGCUCUUUGUGAUUUGGGGGAAAGCAUGAGCAUUUUGCCAUACAAAAUCUAUGAGAAGCUUAGUCUUGGUGAUCUCACCCCUACCCCUAUGUCUUUGCAACUAGUCGAUCGCUCGGUUAUGUUCCCUUUGGGUAGGGUUGAUGAUGUUCCCCUUGUGAUAGGGAAGUUAACUUUUCUUGUUGACUUCAUUGUCUUGGACAUUGAUGAGGACGCCCACACCCCUAUUAUCUUAGGGAGGCCAUUCUUGGCCACGGCCGGGUCUCUCAUUGAUGUUCAAGGUGGUCUUAUCACCUUGAAGGCGGGAGAUGCCAAGGCUAGUUUCAAGCUUCCUAUUGAUGAUGGAUGUUGUUCCAAGAUGAAGAGUUGCAUGAAGUUUGAUAAUAAGCUUGCUAGGAACAACAUCAAGGAGAAGAAGGUAUUUGUGAACCCCUCGGUAUUGGGUGAUUCCUUUGAUGAUGUGAUAACCAUCCCCGAGAUCUUCGGGAUGGGUCUAUAUGAUGUUGGAGCAGAAACUUCGGCUCCCAAUGGUAAACAUUCUACGAACACGAAGCCCAAGAGGGGCAAACACAAGCUUAAGGGGAUUUGGUUUGAUCCCACCUCUAUGCGUGGUGGCUUAGUGGUUUUCUUUGGUUGA